AUGCUAAGACACUGUAUUGCCAUUCCUGUUGCUGUGCUUCUGCUGCUCACACAGCUUUCCUCGGUGCUGGGUGGAACGACUGAAGUGCUGAGACCGGAGCCCGUGGAAGGGAACCUCUCGCGUAUUGCGCUCGUCAUCGGCAACAAUGACUACGAGUACGUUACCGAUCUCGACAACCCGAUCAACGAUGCCACAUCCGUCGGCGAAAAACUCAGGGGGUUGGGAUUUACCGUUCACCUCGGGCUGGAUCUGGAUAUCUUUGGCCUGUCCGAACUGAUCGACAAUUUCCUGAGUCGGAUUGAGGACGGCUCCGAAGUUGUCGUUUUCUAUGCCGGUCACGGAUUGGAGGUCCAGGGAUCCAACUACCUUCUUCCGGUCGACGUGCCCGCGCUGAGCGUGGACGGAGAAAGGAAACUGCGGCACCGGGCCAUAAACCUGACCACCCUGUUGCUGGAUCUUGAGGCAAGUGGCGCAAACGUGUCCCUGGUUAUUCUUGAUUCCUGCCGCGAAAAUCCCUUCCAGGCAAACGGAACGCGCAGCCUGGGAGCAGCGCGUGGAAUGGGAGAUCUGGGCACGCCCCCAGAUGGCCUGUUCGUGAUUUAUUCCGCCGGUGCCAAUCAACUUGCGCUGGAUAACCUCGGUCCCGGCGACGCCAAUCCCAAUGGCUUGUUCACCCGGCAUUUCCUGAGACUGCUGGACGAACCUCAACUCGGCAUUCGGGACAUGAUGCUCCGGCUGAGGACCGUCGUUCGCGAAGAAGCCUCCCAGGUCCGCCACAAACAAACACCGGCCUAUUAUGAUCAGCUGAUCGGAGAGUUUAAGCUGAACCAGCGGCAAAAACCUGCUGUCGCCCAGUCACAACCGGUUGUUCAGGAAGACCGUGUUUCCACAAAGACCAAUGUUGCCGAUAUUUCUUCUCCGUCUGCGAUUGCAAUCCGAAACCCGGAAGAAGAAUCAUGUUUCCUGGAAGCAACGCGUGAAUUCGGACUGGAGACCACUGCAUCGACCCGCGGCUACCAUGAUUUUGUCAAGCUGUUCGAACAAUGCGUUGGUAACGAGGAUGCAGGCCUGUCACAAGCAGAACUGACUGAAGAAAUCACGAUGUGCGAUCACCUUGCCGCGUCACCCGACGAUCCGAUGCGCCCUGCCGGCGUGGCUGGUGUCUAUUUUGGCGAUAUCGACGGCCCGGAAGCCGCAGAGGCAUGUUCGCAAGCCGUUGCCGAUCAUCCGGACAAACCCCGGUUCCUGUUUCAGCAGGCCAGAGCACUCGACUACCUGGAUCGCGAUGCGGAGGCUAUUGAUCUCUAUGCCAGCGCGGCGGCGGCCGGAUCGGCGGCCUCGAUGAACAAUCUGGGCCUGAUGUACCUCAAUGGCGAAGGAACGGUGAAGGAUCUUGGGAGGGCAAGAGAGCUGUUCACGCAGGCGGCGGCCCUCGGUCAUAGUGAUGCCAUGGUCGAGCUCGGAUUGAUGCACGACCGGGGUCAGGCCGAGGACAUGACGCGCGCUGACGAGUUCGACUGGUAUCGCAAGUCCGCAAAUCUCGGCAACAGGGCAGCAAUCAACAACAUAGGCGUCAUGUACCGUGAUGGACAGGGCGUGGCGCAAGAUGCCGAAGAAGCGGCCAAAUGGUUCACCCGGGCCGCAAACCUGAACUUUCCCAAGGCGAUGAGAAACCUCGCCGAUCUUUAUGUGUCCGGCGAAGGAAUACCGCCAAACCCCGCGGAAGCACUGAAAUGGUACCGGUUGGCCGCCGACAACGGCAGCACGGAUGCCAUGGUAGACAUCGGUAUUCUUUACGAGAACGGAACCGGCGUUCCGCAGGACAACGCCCAGGCAUUCAUCUGGUACGAAAAAGCCGCGAACCUCGGCAAUUCCUAUGGCCUCAACAAUAUCGGGAUCCUCUACAGGGACGGUAUUGGCGUGAAGGAAGAUCCCAAAGAGGCACUGUCCUGGUUCCUGAAGUCGGCAGCUGACGGCAAUGAGGAGGGAAUGUAUAACGCCGCCGAUCUCUACGAGAGCGGGACCGGGACACAGCGCGACUAUGCCAAGGCUCUGGACUGGUACCGGAAGGCCGCCGAACAGGGCAACAGCGCGGCAAUGGUCAAUAUCGGUCUCAUGAUCUACGAGGGCAAGGGGACAGAUCCGGACCCCAAAGAAGAAAUGGACUGGUAUCAAAAAGCCGCAUCACUUGGAAACCGCGCGGCGAUGAACAACAUCGGCGUCAUGCAUCGUGAAGGUGAAGGUGUGCCUCCGGAUUUUGUCAAGGCACGCGAAUGGUUUCAAAAGAGCGCCGAUGAAGGUUUUCCGCUCGCGAUGUACAAUCUUGCGGAAUAUUACGCAGGCUCCCGGUACAAAGAACAAAGCUAUGAAAUAGCUGCGUUCUGGAUGGAAAUGUCGCUUCGUUCCGGUUCUGAGCGGGCAUUGAACGAGUUGUCCGACAAUGCGCAAGCCUGGCCUUCGGACUUUCGCAAAACGUUUCAGGAGCGAUUGCUCAACGCCGGGUUCUACAGCGGGGCGAUUGACGGAGCCUUCGGCAGACAGACCCUGACAGCUGUGAACCGGAUUUUCGACGCGGGAGGUUGA